AUGAGUAUCACGUCAAGAGGAGGUGAGAUGAUCAGUAUCGUCUCGGUGCUGGUCGGUGUUGCCUUGAUCACUGUCAUCAUGCGUGUAUUUGCACGGUUGAAGCGAAGAGUUGGGUUUGGGGUAGACGACUAUCUUUGUUUCCUCUCCAUGGUUCUCCUCAUUGCCAUGCUGAUUGAACUGGCUUUAUGGGUUACCAUAGGAGGCAACGGUGCGCACAUGCGUGACCUUAAUAAAGAGACCCUCGUGACCUUCUCCAAGAUCUUCCUUGCUAACCAGUUCACCUACUUUGUGCUCUCCCCCGCCAUCAAGAUCUCCAUCAUCUGCUUCUACCGACGUAUCUUCACGAUGCGACCCUUCCAAUGGGUCACAUUCGGCCUCAAUACGUUAAUCACUCUCUGGGGGGCCGCCAUAUUCCUUGCCUGUGCACUACAGUGCCGUCCCCUCCGAGCCUACUGGGACAAGAGCAUCGAAGGCCACUGCUUUGACUCCAAUGAGUUCUUCAUCGUCAACCAGGUCUUCAACGUGAUCAUGGACUUCGUCAUCCUGGCCCUGCCCGUGCCUAUGAUCUGGAACCUGCAGAGAGCAUGGCAAGAUAAACUGGCCUUGAACGGUGUCUUUGCCCUGGGAGCCUUCGUCUGCUUCGCUAGUAUCUACCGCAUCGUGGUACUUUUCUGGAUCAAACCGGACGACACGACCUACACAGUCUACCAGGCGACCUUGUGGACGCAUAUUGAGCCAUCUAUCGGUCUCAUCUGUUCCUGUCUCCCCAUUGUCCGCGGACUCUUUCCCAGAUUCAAAAUCUCCGGGAGUCGCAAGUAUGCCUCCGCGCCAUACUAUAUCAAUACUGACGUCAGCACCUCCCACUUUGUCGUGUCGAGUCCCAAGUCCCCUGCCUUGGAAUAUUAUAAGAUGGAGGAUACGCUUGUCUCUCGCUCAAUAAGUGAUACUACUGUUCCGGCCCCCGAUAUCAAUAAUAAAUAUCUGGGUCCGAUGGAUAUUACGGUCCGCACUGAUAUUAAUAUUAGCCAAGAUGUGGCAUCUAUGAAAUCGCACAGUUGA